ACUCUUGGCAGUUUCUUGCACAGACUCCUCAUUAAGGGACUGGACUGUUUUUUUUUUUUGUUUGUUUGUUUGUUUGUUUUUUGACGGCAAAUAAAUGAAAGCAAUAGAAAGACGUCUGAUCGAGAAGCUGACUUUGGAGCUGCUUAUGACUUGAUGCCUCCAUGAACUGCAGCGCAGAGUUCGGACACGGUUUCCUUUGGUCUUCCAGUGCAUCAUGACAUCGAAGUUUUCAACCUUCUUGAUCAAAGACAUUCUCACCGGCCUGGAGGCUCCCUGCGGGAAUCCCGGCAACACAGCCGCAGAGGAGCUUUGCGCACUUGCGCGCAAUUUACGCGCGGGCCUUGAUAACGCCAUUCAGAAAAGACUUUCUCCUGGCAAGCGCGUGUCUGACAGCCACCGGUCCGGCACCGGCAAGAAAGAAGGAGGGGCUGCGACUCAAUUCAGAGAAGGCACCGCAGAGCGUGCAGGCAUGCAAUAUGUGGAAAGGAACCGGGUGGAAGCAGGAAUGGAGGAGUUGCACCACCACCACCACGGCGGGGAGACAUCCAGCUGUUCCCCCGAGGAGCGCCGCUGCACCGCUGCGAAGAAGCGCUCCAGAGCGGCUUUCUCCCACGAGCAGGUCCACGAGCUGGAGCGCCGUUUCAGCGCCCAGAGGUACCUCUCUGGCCCCGAGCGGGCAGACCUGGCGUGCGCCUUGAAGCUCACAGAGACGCAGGUGAAAAUCUGGUUCCAGAACCGGAGGUACAAAACGAAACGGCGCCAGCUGGCCACGGACCUGGCGGCGCUCAGCUCUCCAAAGACCGUGGCGGUUAAAGUGCUGGUGAGAAACGAGCAAAAGCAGUGGAUUCCGGGCAGUGGAGCCCACCUUCCCACGACUGUGCCACUGUACCACGGCUAUCAGUACCAUCAGCACUACCUACACCAAUGCUACCAGCCCUACAGCACUGACAGGUUAUAUGGAGGAACCUUCUAAUGUUUGUAUGUCUUGCAAAGUUCACAUGUGAAUCUUUGUAGAAAAUCAUUUUUUACGCUCUUCUGCAAAAAGCAAUUACUUAAUAAUAAUAAUAAUAAUAAUAAUAAUAAUAAUAAUAAUAAUAAUAAUAAUAAUAAUAAUAAUAAUAAUAAUAAAAACAUUGAAAGUGAACAUUUGUUGGAUGCUUUUUUCAAAGUUAGACACUUUCUUUAGGUUCUCCAAGAUUUAAUUUUGAAGUCAUUUGAGUUGCACGCAGCUCAUACGGGUGUCAGAAAAGGAAAGUAAUUAUGUAUUUUUAUUUUUGCUGUAGGAGUAACUCUCCAAAUUUUGGGAGAGCAGAAAAAACGUCACCCCCUUUUAUUGAAUCAAAUCCUUGCUGAAUUGAUUACAAAAAUCUUUUGUUCCACCAUGAAUAAAUAUUCUGCUUCUCA